UUUGGAGUUCUUUAACAAACUAUUUGUUGAUACUGUCUGUAAUAUCAGAAAGCCCAACACCAUCAGUUUAUUUUCUUCUUAAUUGCGCAUUUUCUUCUUAAAUGCGCAAAGUAUGCGCAAUGCAGGAAAGGCUCUGAUUAUUUACCAUCUGAAUUUAUCAGCAGAGAUUUAGUGAACACAUUUCAAGGCAAUGAGGCGUCAAUAAUUGCUGCAGAUAUCUUAUCUUAUUUGCCUUCACGAACUUUCCUCUCAAAGCUCUCCCUUUCACAGAGUCCAACAUGUUGUCCGUAAGGUUGCUCUUCUCCUGCCUCUUCUUUGGUGAAGCUCUUGCGUUGUCAGGGAGCUUUUGGCAUAUCACGGAUUUGCACUGGGAUCCGACGUACAAACUAACGGAUAAUCCGGAGACAGUGUGCGCAUCCAGUGGUAAACGACCAGCGCUCGGUGCUGGUAAAUUUGGAGACUAUGCUUGUGAUGCGCCAUGGCAGCUGAUCAACUCCUCGGUGUACGCCAUGAAGAAGAUUCUGCCAGAUCCAGACUUCAUUGUGUGGACAGGGGAUGACACACCACAUGUCCCAAAUGAUGAUCUAGGAGAAGAGGCUGUGAUCAACAUAAUAGGAAACCUCACUCAGAUCAUAAGCCAGGUGUUUCCACAUACUAAAGUGUAUUCUGCACUGGGGAACCAUGACUACCACCCUAAGAGUCAGCUUCCUCCAGGCCCAAACUCCAUCUACAACAAAAUAGCAGAAAUGUGGCAUAACUGGCUGGAGCCAGCUUCCAAGGAAACCUUUAAAAAUGGUGGAUACUACACUGAAAAACUCCUAAACCGAGCAGGUUACAGGAUACUGGUCCUCAACACCAACCUCUACUACAACCAGAACAAUGUGACCCUGAACGAUGAAGAUCCAGCAAGCCAGUUUAGCUGGUUGGAUCAGACCCUUACAGAUGCAGCCAAAAACAAAGAGAAGGUCUACAUCAUUGGACAUGUUCCUCCAGGUUUCUUUGAGAAGAAAAGAAGUAAAACUUGGUUCACAGAAAAAUUCAACCAGAGAUAUUUGGAAGUAAUUCAGAAGCAUCAUUCCAUCAUAAUUGGGCAGUUCUUCGGCCAUCAUCACACUGAUAGCUUUCGCAUGUUCUACAGCACAGAGGGUCAGCCCAUUAGUACAAUGUUUCUCAGCCCGGGAGUCACACCAUGGGAAACAACACUUCCUGGAGUUGUGGAUGGCGCUAACAACCCUGGGAUUCGAGUCUUUGAGUAUGACACUGAAACAUUGUUGGUGAAAGAUGUGGUGACAUAUUAUCUGAACCUCACACACGCCAAUGCAGAAACAGAGCGCUGGGAGAAAGAGUACCGCCUCACAGAGAGCUUCAGGGUACCAGACGCCUCUCCAGCCUCCAUGCACCAGGUUCUGGAGCUCAUGGCAACCGACAGCUGCUACCUGCAAAAGUACUACGAGUUUAACUCUGUCAGCUAUGAUCUGAAAGAGUGCGACGGCGACUGCCGUGUUGACCAUGUAUGUGCAGCAAGGGAAGUAGACUUUGAGAGGUAUGAACAAUGUCUGGUGAAGGAAGGAGCCGUCUCCAUGUAUGGAGGGCUGCUGCUGGUCAUUUCUAUGGCAGCAACAGGAAUGCUAGCUGGAUGGUAGAGAUGAUCAGCAUCAAAGUUGGUUAUCUAAAACAUUUCAUACAGACAGUUCAUCCCACUUAAUUUAUAUAUCAUUAAAAAGCUCAUGUUUUUAACUAUUCAAUCCAAAAAUCAAUCCAUCUAUCUAUGCAUCUCAGGUGUGUCUUUUCAUUAUUUUGAUUAUUGCUAAUAACCCAGUCAUUGUCCUGUUACAUCAGGUCAUUGCUUAAGAAGAUGGUUGUUCACAAUGCGCUGUAUUCAACCACAUCAUUCCAUGGUUCUGGGGGAAGCUACGUUUUUUAUGAUGAUGUCCAUGUUCCUGUAUUAGGUAGAUGGGCUGUAAAAUGCAUUACUGGAAGAAAGUUUUGAACUAGAGCAGAUAAAUCUUCACGUGAAAUGAAAACAUGAACUGGGAAAGUGUAGCUUUAGGAAACAUUUUGAUUGCAGCGCCUGGACAAUGUAAAAGAAGUUUUACGUGAAACGUCUUGUUGAAUGAAUGUUUAGUUUCAGUUUUUUCUGCUAUCUAUUAAAUAUAUUGUAGCUAUAAAUGUAAUUUAUUGAGUUUUUAAAUAAAAACCUCUCUUUUCACUAGGAUUAAUUGGUACAAAACUCUUUUGCAAAACCUUAUGAUGUUUUCUCCCCAAAAACCUUUGAACUUCAUUUGGAUGAAAGAAAAAAUAAGAGAAACCAAGUAAAUACUGUUACUUGUGCAUAAAUUAAAAAUACAUUCUGUUGAUUGA